AUGUUUGCUGGAAGAAUAGGUGCUAUAGUCAUGUCAAGAAAGCGUCAUGGAGAAAGAAGACGUAGGCCAUCUGAAGAAGAAAUAGAUCUUUUAAAAACAUGUGACCGUAUGAACCAUUUAUUUUAAAGUAAUUAAUUAGAUAGAGUUAUUGAAGAUCUUGAUAUCAAAGAGAACUCAACUGCAAAACUCAGAUUUCAUAGUGUUAUCAUUUAUCAAUCAUGCAGAUGUGAGUUUUCUACCAACUCAUAAUAUCAGAAGAGUUUAAAAAUAAUUAAAAUGACAGAGGAGUUCUGGCAAGAGGAUAAAAAGAAAUAGGAGAGCAAUCCAUUCAAUGUAAAUCCAAUAAUGUAGCAAACCUAUAAAGAUGCAAGAUCGAUUGCAUCAGAUAAACAUCCAAAAGCGUUGUAUGCUGAAUGUUUAAAGCAAUCAACUUAUUGGACUCAUUAUGCAGCUUCUCCUAGGGUCUCUAUUGAUGAUAUGGCAAUGAUGCUUUGCAGAGACCUUGGCUGUGAGGUAAACUAUUGUGGAUUAGUAAAGAAAAGUUACCCAAUGGAAUGGGAAGGUAGCAGUGACUGCAUUGAUGAGAUAAAACAGUUUAAUGAUUGUAUGACUAGAGAGCGUAGAAGAUAUGCUUGGCUAGAUGAAAAACCUCCAAUGUUUGACUAUAUCUAGAAUAGACUGGCUGAAAAAAGAAAAGAGAAGAAGUUUGCAAUUAUUUUCAAGCCAGAUGAAUUAGAGGCAAUUGAGAAACUCAGAGAAGAAGAUAGACUUUAGAUGGAGAAGGAAAAAAUGAAAAAUUAGCCUCUUAUAAGCUGA